AGCCCACCAAAAGGUAACUUGUUUUAUAGUUAAUGAAGAGAAUAGUAGAAAACAAUGAGAAAGCUAUAGCUUAUACAAAUAACAAACUCUUGUAUCGUAGAUGACGUAAUUUAUAUUAAUUUAUACUAAUCAAUCUCUCUAACAUAAUCUCAUUUGCUUCUGCAAUAAAACUAUUUUAAACCUAAAUCUUUCCAAGAAAAAUAAGAAAAACAUCUUCUUACGAUGUAUCUAAUCUUUUUCUUCAUUCUGACAACCAUCCACAGCUAUUACUAUGUCUCUGCUCAGCCUCCUCCUCCUCCGCUCACAAACGGCGACCUCGUCGCCAACUUUGAGCCGAGUUUGGCCGUCGUCACAGUAGUUCUCGCCAUCAUGUUCUCGCUCACUUUCUUCCUCCUCGUCUACGCUAAGUGCUGCCACAUCGAUCUCCGGUCAAGAACCGGCGAGGGAAGACGGCAAGAUCGCCGGAUCAUACAAGGAAUAUUCGUUAACCGGUCAGCUAACUCGUCGGACCGGUUCUCCGGUUUAGACAAAACAGUAAUCGAGUCACUUCCUCUGUUUAGAUUCUCAGCUUUGAAAGGAUCAAAACAAGGGCUUGACUGUUCUGUUUGCUUGUCUAAGUUCGAAAGUGUCGAGAUUCUGAGAUUGUUGCCUAAAUGUCGUCACGCUUUCCACAUCGGGUGCAUCGAUCAGUGGCUUGAGGAGCACGCGACGUGCCCUCUCUGCAGAGACAGAGUCUCGAUAGAAGAAGAGUACUCUGUUUAUGGAAACAGCUUCCGGUUCUUGAAUCAGUCUGAGGUGAGAGAAGAUUCGAGCUUGGAGCUUUACAUCGAAAGAGAACAAGAAGAAGAAGAAGUUGGUGGGUCAUCGAGAUUCAGCAUCGGAGAUAGCUUCCGGAAGAUUCUUAAAUUAGGUCACAAAGAGAAACCCUUACUUGAUCAACACGGAAAUGAUAAAGACGAGAGGAAGCUGAUGCAUAAGUUCAAUCAUAGGAUCAUUGUGUCUGAUGUUGUGUUCAAGAAUCGUUGGAGCAAUGUGAGUUCGUCGGAUUUGAUGUUUUUGAAUUCAGAGAUGGUUAGUUCGAUUUCAAGCGAGAGGUUCUUAUCGAUGGAUCGAGUUAAGAGAGGUGAUGAAGAGGAUGGAAGAGGUAGCUUGCAAGUCAAGGAAGAUACGGAAGCCAAGAGAAUGUUGGAGAACAAGUUGACUUCGAUGAAAACUAUGUUGUUGUCGGAAAAUGGAGAGUCUGGUUCGAAAUCAAGAAGCGUAAUGGUCGAGACAGGAAGAAGAUCGGUCUCUGAGAUCACUGCAGUUCCUAGACUCGGUAUUGCGGUUCAUGGAGAUUAUAGCGGUUCAACCGCAGCGACUGCGUUAGAAACGGAGAGAAGACGGCGUUUGUGGCUGCCGAUCGCUAGAAACACAGCACAAUGGUUUGCUAAUAGAGAAUUAAGAAGGCAAAUUAACACAACACACCUACACUUAGAUGUUUAGUUUUUUUUUCUUCUUUAAGAAUUGCAAUUUUUUCAAAGUUACAGAAUUAAUUUAUAUUUAGUUUUGAUCUAUGUCUUGCAAAAAAAAAAAAGCACACACAUGUUAGUUAGGUCAAAAGAAAAUUAUUUGUGUAAAUACGAUGAAUUUAUAUAUAAACAAAGUUUUGAUUCAAUACAA